CAACGUGUGGCUAGAAUGCACAUGGAUCAGAAGCUUAAGGGGCGCCGUGUGGGGCGGCGGACGUCAUCGCUGAAUCUGGAUUUCCGCCAUCUUUCCGCGGCUUGGAGACGUCAGUUUCAUUUUGAAGGAGCUCAAGAACUUCAAUUCUGCUUUUCUUGUUUGAUUCGUACAAGUCUUUUCUCUCCAAGUUCGAUUUCGUAAUGCUUAAUGUCUCACGGCUUAUGAUCCAUUGAUUUCAUCGCAAUAUUCCUCUUCGAAUACCCACUCAAACAGCCAACAAACAACACUACCGCCAGCUCAUCUUUCAAAACCGCGAUCAUAGAAUUGCAUCCUUUCAUCAAUCGUCCUGAUUGCUUCAGAUACCCAUUGUGCUCAACAUGAAGAACAUAAUAUACUAUCUUCCUCUAAUAACCACCUACGCAUUCGCUCAAUCAUCCUCACAAUCCAUAUCGACCGUGACCGGCUCUGCAAACACGUACACGUCGGGUCUGGACUAUGGCUCGAUAUUUACACUUCCACCCACAAUCACUCCCAGUAGUUACACAAGUUUGAGAUCCUCUGGCGCAACCUCAGGAAGCUCAGGCUCAUCCAAUGCAACAACCUCAAGCGGAUCCUCCAACUCAACAGUAACAACAUCCUCCUCCACCUCUGCCUCCCGAACACUCUCUCAAAUAUCAGGAGGAACCCGAACCCCAGGAACCAGCGCAGCCGCCGCACCCCGACCCUCCAACACCCAAGCAUGCAACGGCUACCCGGAAUUCUGCACCCGCAAAUACUCCAACAUCACCGAAGUCGCCGCGCACAACUCCCCCUUCGCCCGCGAGCGCAACGCGCAAUCCAACCAACAAUACGGCGUGAUCCAGCAACUCGACGACGGCAUCCGCGUCCUCCAAGGCCAAGCACACAUGAUCAACAACACCCUCUACUACUGCCACACGUCGUGCGACCUCCUCAACACGGGCCCCGUCGAAGACUACCUCCGCGACGUCGCCGCCUGGCUCGACCGCAACCCCUUCGAAGUCAUCACAAUCAUCUUCGGAAACUACGACUGGAAACUCACAGACGCCUCGGGCGACGCCAAACUCGUCACCGCAGAGAACUUUGUAGCGCCCAUCCGCGAUUCGGGCCUCCUCGAAUACGUCUACCAGCCCCCCUCUAACGCUAUGCGGCUCAGCGACUGGCCCACCCUCGGCGAGAUGAUCAUCAUGAACAAACGCGUUGUGACGUUUAUCGAUUACAACUUCAAUACCAAUGCCGUGCCGUGGCUGUUGUGGGAGUUUUAUAAUGUCUGGGAGACGCCUUUCUCGCCUACGAAUGUUAGUUUCCCGUGUACGGUGCAGAGACCAGAUGGCAUUAGCAGGGACCAGGCGAAGAGCAUGUUGUACAUGGCGAAUCACAAUUUGAACACGCAAGUCACAAUUGCGGGGAUGAAUAUUCUGAUCCCGAAUGUGGCGCAGUUGAGGGAGACGAAUGGAGAGGAAGGGAACGGGAGCUUAGGGAAGAUGGUCAAGGAUUGUGAGGAUAUGUGGGAUGGCCGCCCUCCCAACUUUCUCCUCGUCGACUACUACAACUAUGGUAUACCUAAUGGCUCUGUCUUUCGCGUCGCGGCCGAAGCGAACAACGUACCUUUCAACGACAGACCGUGUUGCGGCACACCCAGCUCCAGUCUCGCCUCAGGGCUCGAAAGAUCAAUGGUCACUGCAUUGACGGGAACAUUGGCAGCAGUAGCAAUGGCAAUGUUCAUGCUGUAG